CCGUCUCAAACUCUCAGUUCAGUUCGUUACUUUUCCCCUUUCUCCCCUAACACAAUACACGCCAUUUUCUUUCACUUCACUCCCGCAUGGCGGUGACGGACCUCUUCGCCGGCGAGAUCGCCACCGAGCUCCUCAAGGUCCUUUUCUCAAUCUCCCGACGAGCCUGCCUCUGCAAAUCAACCGCCGAUGCCCUAAUCACCAGCACCAACCAGCUCCUCCCCAUCAUCCAGGAAAUAAAAUACUCCGGCGUCGAGCUCCCAGCCGCCCGCCAAUUCCAGCUCGACGGCCUCUCCGAGACGCUCCGCGGCGGCCUCGAGCUCUCCCGGAAGGCCCUCGCUUGCAGCCGGUGGAACGUCUACAAGAUGCUCCAGCUCGCCCGGAGGAUGGAGAGGCUCGAGAAGCGGAUCUCGGCCUUCCUCCACGGCCCGCUCCAGGCCCACGUCCUCGCCGACGUCCACCACCUCCGGUUCGAUUCCGUCGAGAGGUUUGACCGGCUCGAUUGCUCCGCCCGCCGGCUAGAGCAGCGGCUCGAAUCGCUGAAGAUUGGGGUUGGGGACGGCGGCGGCGGAGGGUGGAUGGAGGAGGCGGUGAAGAGAGUCGACGCGGAGGAGCAGCGGUGGGAGGGUAAUCUAAUAAAUGUAUUGGGGGUUGGUGUGGCGGAAGGGAAGAAGAGGGUCAAAGAGAUGGUGAUUGAGAGAGACGAAUUAGGGAUUGUUGGAAUCUGUGGAAUUGGGGGUUCUGGGAAGACGACUCUGGCUACUGAUUUGUGCAGGGACGAUGAAGUUAGAUGUCACUUCAAGAACCGGAUACUGUUCUUGACGAUUUCGCAGUCUCCUGAUGUGGAGCAGCUGAGGGCUAAGAUUCUGGGGUUUAUUGCUGAAUCUGAUCAUGGUAGUGGUAGCUUUGGCUGCGAUGAUGGGUUCAUUAAAGAAGCUGCUGGAGGUCGAGUUCUGAUUGUUCUUGAUGAUGUAUGGUCACUCUCGGUUCUUGAGCAGCUGAUCUUCAGGAUUGAUGGCUGUAAAACGCUUGUCGUUUCGCGGUUCAAGUUUUCUACCGUGCUUGGUGCUAGUUAUGAAGUGGAGCUUUUGAAGGGAGAUGAAGCUGUUUCAUUGUUCUGCCAAUCUGCUUUUGAGCAGAGUUUCAUCCCUCCUGGUUCUGAUGCAAACUUGGUCAAUCAGAUUGUGAAUAAAUGUAAAGGCCUUCCCCUGGCGCUCAAAGUGAUUGGCUCUGCAUUGAGAGGGCAGCCUGAGAUGUACUGGGCGAGUGCGAAGAAGAGGCUAUCUAGAGGCGAGCCAAUCUGCGAGUCACACGAGAACAAGUUACUAGAUAGGAUGGCAAUCAGUGUUCAAUUCUUGCCCAAGAAGGUUAGAGACUGUUUCCUGGAUUUGGGAUCUUUUCCAGAGGACAAGAAGAUCCCAUUGGAUGUCCUUAUCAACAUGUGGGUCGAGAUCCACGAUGUUGAUGAGGAAGAAGCUUUUGCUAUCCUUGUUGAGCUCGCAGACAAGAACCUGCUCACUCUCGUCAAGGAUGCAAGGGCUGGAGAUCUUUAUAGCAGUUACCAUGACAUCUCUGUGAGUCAACACGAUGUGUUGCGUGAUCUCGCCAUCCAUAUGACGAAUCGCGGCGAGAUAAAUGAAAGAAAGCAGAUGAUCAUGCCGAGAAGGGAGAUGGAGCUUCCAAGAGAAUGGGAGAGAAAUGCUGACAAUCCAUUCUUCGCUCAGAUCAUUUCAAUUCAUACCGGCGAAAUGAACGAAAUGGACUGGUUCGCCAUGAACCUCCCCAAGGCUGAAGUUCUCAUCAUCAACUUCUCUGCCACAACAUACUUCCUGCCUCCAUUCAUCCACAACAUGCCGAGGCUACGAGCGCUGAUCGUCAUCAACCACUGUUCCCAAAAUGCCACCCUCCGAAACCUCUCCGUCCUCUUCACGUGCUCCAACCUUCGGAGUCUCUGGCUCGAGAAGGUCACCAUCACCACAUUAGCAUCAUCAAAUCCUGAAACCACCCCUCUGACCAACCUCAGAAAGAUAUCUCUAGUCCUAUGCAACAUCAACAACACGCUCGAUUCCAUCCUACCCUCCACGUACCCUUCCUUAUCCGAGCUCACAAUUGACCACUGCGACGAUCUGAUCCAUCUCCCUUCCAUCACCUCCCAAUCCCACUCCCUCAAGAGCCUCAGCAUAACGAACUGCCACAACUUCCGCCAGCUUCCCACCAAUCUCGGCGACCUGAAGAGAUCUCUGCACAUCUUGAGGCUGUAUGCUUGCCCGAGCCUCAGGAUGCUGCCGCGGUCUACCUGUGAGCUGUCGAGGCUGAAGUACUUGGACGUGUCUCAGUGUGUGAACUUGAGGUCGCUUCCUGAAGGGAUCGGGAAGAUGGCCGGGCUGGAGAAGAUAGACAUGAGGGAAUGCUCGGAGGUGUUUUGUGUUCCUGAUUCCGCGGCGUCGAUGGAGUCGUUGAGAUGUGUGAUCUGCGACGAGGAGGUUUCGUGGUCGUGGAAAGGGUUUGAGAAGAUCGGGCUCCAUGUUCAGGUUGCGGAGAAGCACUUCAACUUGGACUGGCUCCAUGAAUAGUGCCACUACCAAAUACCACCAAAUAUGUAAUUAUCUUUUGUAGCCUUGUAGGGCAUUCACCAUUGUACAUAUAUGCAUCAAGUAAAUAAAUCGUUUUUUUUUUUUAUGUGUCGUUGUUUAAGUUCUAGCAUCGAUAGAUGGUACAUGACAGAAUAUCCAAUAUAUACAUUUGAGACUAUACUGAUCGUAAAAACGGGAUAAAUCCGUAAAAGCAAG